GCAUUGUCGUGGCAAACAGUACUGGGGCAUUUUGUCGUUUGCCCUCGGGACCCUAACAUCAUAUUUUAGGUAUCCUGAUAUACGACCAUAUUGUAACCCUCCCGGAAGAAAUCGCUUUUAUUUGGUGUCGUCCGAAAGCACUAUCUGCAAUAUUAUUUCUCAUCAAUCGCUAUGUCGCCCUGCUCAGCAAUAUAUUUGGCAUAUUUAGCAAUUCCCUGCCCAUUUCAAACAAGCUGUUCGAAUUACGUGCUAGUUGGACAAGUGUUGCUUUUUUGCCAACAAGUCUUCGUUUGUGUUAUAUUGAGUCUUCGCACUUAUGCUCUCUACGGUUGCAGCAGACGCCUGCUUUAUUGGAUGGCAAUCAUAGGCCUUGUUAGUGCGGCAGGAGGUUUGGUGGGAUCCGUUGGCCGUGAUUCAAACAGUGCGACCGACGGUAACUGUCAUGAAAUAUACACAGCAGCAACAUCCGUCCGUCAUGGGAUGGCAUGGGUAGCAAUGCUUGUUUACGAAUUAUUCAUUUUUGUCCUUACAGUCUUCAGGACUUGCAAGACCAAGGGUUUCUCGAGGUUAUCUCUAAUAUCUAGGAGAAACAUCGUUGAUAUCAUAUUUCAAGAUGGUGUGUUGUACUUCGCAGCGAUGACAUUGAUCAAUCUACCCAAUAUUCUGACGUACUUCCUCAGUUCAGGUGUCGCCAGAGGCAGUCUAGGCGCAUUUACUAGUUGCAUGUCUGUCACUCUUAUCUCUCGGCUAAUGCUAAACCUGCACGGAUCUAUCGACACUGGCAUUUUCUCUACCCCCGUCCAGAAUGACGAUUCCUGGACCAGCCUCGAUGUCCUUACUACCAGGGUCAACCUACAGUCCGCGAUUUCCUCCUACGAUUGAUAGGCUGGUAUUGGAUUUCAAGAUCCGAGUUGGAAGUAUAGAUUGUUCUUUUAGUCAUUUCUAGAACGAAGCAUGGCAUGCGUGCUCAAUGUGUGUAUUUACAUUUAUUACUUUGGGCUUGCCCGAGUAUGUAGAUCAUACGUACAUUACGAAUUGCUGGCUAAUUAUGUAUACGUGUUCGUCCGUGCGGUGGCGCAUGUAUUACCGGUUGUUGAGUUUCUUUGGUUCUACCUUUUGAGCAGACUCGUAGCCAUUCUGCCUUCGUGUGGUGUUUGAGGCCUAACCUACGCCACCUCUUACACAACUCGAUGUCAUGGCGCAGUGGUC